AUGAACAAUGAAGUUGGGCGUUGGAUGGAUAUGUUACCGCCAAACGUUCUAGAACAGCUCGAGCAACGUGCUACCAAAGAAAGUUGGAGGCCCCAUCGCGACAUUGAUGGACUCAAUGCGGAACAUUUCCACCAGAGAUGCUCUGAAAAGUUGCUUCAGGCUGUUGACAUCUUGACUGAAGUCAUCAUCAUGCACAAUUCGCUUUCAGCACACUCUGGGUCAUCCGUCCCCAUCGCCCAUCCGGCAACUGAUGAUUGCGCCUCUGAAAAGCAAUCAGAUGAUACAAAAAAGAAAGAAAACAUGGAGUACUCUUCGCCUAUGUGUCAUCAGAUUGGGGAGAGCAUAUUGGACAAGAACACCGUGGAUGAGAGUUUGGCUCUGACUCCCGAGUCCCUCGAAUAUGUGGCUGGGUCGAAUUUCAAUAUUUGGUUGGAAUUGAACGACUUUGACCUUGAAGGUGCUUCGAUAGGUCCAUACGAUACCGAAGAAGCUGGGUCCUGGAUGUCUUGUAAAUAA